CUGGGGUCAUGAAACUUAAUCCACAGCAAGCUCCAUUAUAUGGUGACUGUGUAAUUACAGUGCAGCUGACUGAGGAAGAUAAAGUCGAGGAUGAUGUAGUAUUUUAUUUGAUAUUUACUGGCUCAACUGUCCAACACUGCACCAGCACUAGAAAGAUUAAUCCGGGGAGUUUGGAGACAAUUGCUCCUGGCCAUGACUGCUGUGAGACCGUGAAGGUGGCACUUUGUGCUUCUAAGGAAGGGUGCCCGCUUCUGGUUGUGGCCGAAGAGAGUUUCCAGUUUAUUCAGGACGAAGCCUACGACGCAGCGCAGUUUCUGGCCAGCUGUGCUGGCAACCAACAAGCCCUGAACUUCACCAGGUUCUUGGACCGCUCAAGGCCGCCCGCCGCCGAUGUGGAGUUCCUGGAUGAAAAAGUGGCCUUGGCGUUUCGGCACCUGAAGCUGCCUCCAGGAUGGAACGUGCUGGGUGCGGAUCAAUCCCUGAACGAAAACACUCCUCGGGAAACGUUGAUGCAUUUUGCAGUGAGGCUGGGGCUGCUUCGGCUGACAUGGUUCCUGCUCCAGCAGCCAGGAGGAAGAGGAGCUCUCAGCAUCCACAACACCGAAGGGGCGACGCCGGUGAGCUUGGCCUUGGAGAGGGGUUACCUGAAGCUGCACCGGCUUCUGACAGAGUAA